AUGGUUGGAGAUGAUCUUAUGAAUGAAUGUGGGAUUAAAAACUACAUGGGGUUUUAUUAUACAUAUUCUGGAAAUGGAGCACAUGAAAGGCUAUUAGGGUUAAAUUCUGAUUCUGAAAUAUUAGCUAUGUUAUCUUUCAUCCCUGGCAAUAGGCAUAUAGUGGUGUAUGUAGAUCAUGAUGUUGACGUGUCUGAUGUUAUUGAGGAGACACAAGGUAAUACGCCUCAUCAUACACAUUUUGCAAACCCUCAAAAGGCCAAUGAUCAUAAUGAGUAUAUUGUUGUUAAUGAUGAUGAGACUGAUGAUGGUAAUGUGGAAGCUAUUGAGGGUGAUGGGGAAGCUACUGAGGGUAAUGGUAAGGCUUCACUUCAUAAUGUUCCUAUUUAUGAAGACAAUGAUGAUGAACCUGACAAAGAGAUAUAUGAUGAGGAGAAUGAUGCAGCUCUUGAGGAUAACCAUUGGUUUCAGAACAAUGUUGAGAUUCCUAAGGUACCUGUAUUUGUAGAUAAAAAGAAGCAAAAGAAAGAGCUUGUAUUUAUGGAAAAAAGAAAAAAGGAUGAGCCUUUUAUACCUAAAGGUAACAUGAAUGAUAAUUUGCCUAAGGAGAGUUAUCACUUAGAUGGCUUUAAUAGUCCACAUUAA